AUGGCAGCAUCGCAUACUUUGCGCGAAACAAACUAUAACUCAAUCAAAUCGAUUGUUGCUCAUCAAAUUGGCUUGAGUUCGGCAGAUGAAUGCCACAUCGCUGAUCCUGAGCAAUGGAUGUGUGGAAGCUUUGUUAUUUGCAUCCCAGUCAACACCGAUAGUCAAGGCCUAAAGCCUGAAAUACAAACGAUUAUACGAUUUCCCUUGCCAUAUCGGGUCGGGGAAGUCUCUUGUCCUGGAAUUGCCGAUGAGAAGAUACUUUGUGAAGCAUGGGCAUAUGUAUGGCUCCAGGCAAAUUGCCCAGAUGUUGUUGUUCCACAUCUAUAUGAAUUCGGACUUGCUACUGGCCAGACUGUCCGUUACCAUGUCAUAUUUCGCUCCUCUCGACAAUCUAGCUAUGCUUAUACGCUCGAUGGAAAAUGUCCACCGGUGGGUUUUGGCGUGAGUAGGCUACGCAGUCCCUUCUCGUACAUUGAGCAAUCCCGGGCAGAAUGCUUUCUAAAUCGUGGGAAGAAGACCGUCACAAUGCUCAGCUACGAAUGA